CGCGCCAAGAUCUGAUCACAUGCUUCAAGUGACUUUUUGAGCUCAACGAGCCGUAGCACAGCCUCGUCUUGAUGGCCAGCAUUGUCAAUUGUAGGCGAAGCAGCAGUAGCAGCAGGAGCAGCCAAGUCUGGGGAGGCAGUCUUGAUGGCCGAGCUGGACUUGACGAGACUUGAGCUGGCCAGUAUCGCCUGGAGAGCGUCCAUGCCAGGCAUUGGGCCGGAAGCCCGGGAGAUGGCAGUUGCCUCUAUACGUGGUUCGGUCUAUGCUGUCUAUACUGGACUCAUUCUUCCCACGGCCCAGUUCACGUGCGCUCCAAAUUUUCGCAGUCUCAGAGCGAGAAGUCAAAGCACCACAGGCAGCACCAUCGAGCCAACAAGGUCUCUUCACACCACCCUCUCCUACAACAACCACCCCUUCCCAAAACACUCACUUCAACCAUGUCCGCGGCAGCUGAGGAAGCAGAGCUCAACGCAGAUUUCGAGACUGGAAAUGCCGGAGGUUCGCUCACCUUCCCUAUGCAGUGCUCUGCUCUGCGCAAGAACGGUCACGUUGUCAUCAAGGGCCGCCCUUGCAAGAUCAUUGACAUGUCGACCUCCAAGACCGGCAAGCACGGACACGCCAAGGUGCACUUGAUUGCCACAGACAUCUUCACAGGCAAGAAGCUCGAGGACCUGUCCCCCUCCACCCACAACAUGGAUGUUCCCAAUGUCAUCCGAUCUGAGUACCAGCUCGUCAAUGUCGAUGAUGGUUUCCUCAACCUCAUGACCAACGACGGUACCUCCAAGGAUGACGUCCGUGUUCCUGAAGGCGAGCUUGGUGAUAAGAUCCAGGCUGACUUUGACGAUGGCAAGGACUUGCUCGUGACCAUUGUCGCUGCUAUGGGCGAAGAGAUGGCCAUGUCCGUGAAGGAGGCCCCCAAGUAAAUGCCGAUUUCUAUACACCUUUGAAACAUACACUUUCCUCUUCUCCUCA